UCUGUGACGCCAGCCACCAGCUUCCAGUGCGGCUUGCUGGCAUCCCAGAAUGCUUUGCUGCGACGGAGGUGGUUUCCAUUUUGUGGCCAGCGUGGAUGAUGAGGUCCUAGUGGCGAAUCUUGCACUUCGGAAGCGAUCUCCCUCCCUGACCUUCCUAGCUGUAAUCCCAUCAGAUAUUAAUCCCCUGAGAUCUCUUCACAAAAUCCUCGAGGAGGGUCUGGUGGCGGGACAGGCGGCCAUAUUGGCAGGUGAGGCAGUAGAUGUGUUAGACCAGCAUCUAGCCUCUGUAAUGGACUGGAUGAGAGCCAAGAAACUGAAGCUCAACCCAGGUGGUGUGAUCCUGUAUGUGGGCUCCACAGCCGGCUCCAGCCCCACCCCAGGCAGCCCCCCCAGUGGAUACCUGGUGCCUUCGCCUCAACACUCACUGCCAUCCUCGCUGGAAGAGCUGACCCUUACGGAGAUCGGGGCCAUUAAGCCUCAACGGGCCAGCUCCCCGUCCUCGCCCAAGGUAGCCUUCCAGUUCCCCGAGGGCAUCCGCUACCCCAGCAAGGGCCAGUCGCCCCCAACGCAGAGCAGGGUACCCGCUGCCAAACAGAACGGAGCCACUGGCACCUUCACAAAGACAGGUGGGAUGGUGCUGCUCUGCAAGGUUUGCGGUGACAUUGCCUCAGGCUUCCACUAUGGCGUCCAUGCUUGUGAGGGAUGCAAGGGGUUUUUCCGCAGGAGCAUUCAGCAGAACAUCAACUACAAGAUGUGUGUGAAGAACGAAAACUGCAUGAUCAUGAGGAUGAACCGCAACCGCUGCCAGCACUGCCGCUUCAAGAAGUGCCUGGCAGUGGGCAUGUCAAGAGAUGCUGUGCGCUUUGGGCGCAUUCCUAAACGGGAGAAGCAGCGCUUGCUGGAUGAGAUGCAGAGCUACAUGAACAGCCUGAACGAGGCCCCCAUGGACGUUGGCAUGAGCCCCGAGGCGGACGCCGCCCCACCCAGCCCCAACGCCCAGGAAGAGGAGGCCAUCAGUGCCAUCUCGAGGGCUUACCACGACAUCUUCGUGAGUGGCCAGGAGCGCCUGGGCAAGCGGGGAGAGUCCCCCGGGAGCGAGGCCUGCCCUUUGACCAACUACAACGAUCAGCAGCUGAACAACUCCUACAGCUACGGGCAAUACGAGUCGGCCACUCUGCGCGUGUCCAGCUACGGCCCCCAGGAGCCCCCCGGCUUCGUGGACAACGGCUCCCGGUGCUUUGGCAACGAGAUCUUCAAGGCCCAGCAGGCUGGCUAUCUGCACAAUGGCGGGUGCUACCCAGCCUUUGAAUAUGGCUAUCCUGAAGCAAACACCCAGAGGGGCUGUCCCUGGCGGGGUACUACCAGUCGAGGCAUCGCCUGUCCUCUGAACGCCACCCCCUAUUGCAGCAACGGCAAGAGCAGCCAGCAAGUGUGGGAGGAAUUUUCGCAGUGCUUCACGCCAGCCGUCAAGGAGGUGGUGGAGUUUGCCAAGAGCAUCCCCGGGUUCCAGUCCCUCUGCCAGCAAGACCAAGUCAUGCUGCUGAAAGCAGGCACUUUCCAGGUGCUGAUGGUUCGCUUCUCCUCCCUGUUCAGCCCCAAGGAGAAGGUGGUGACCUUCCUGAGUGGGGAGACAUACUCCCUCUGCAGCCUACGUACCAUGGGCAUGGGCUCCCUGCUGGACGCCAUGUUUGAGUUCAGCGAGAAGCUCAGUUCCCUGGACUUGGACGCGCAGGAGAUGGCGCUCUUCAUGGCCGUAGUCCUGGUCUCCGCGGAUCGCUCCGGCAUCUCUGACGUGGAUGCAGUCGAAAUCCUCCAGGAGACGUUAAUCCGGGCCUUGCGGACUCUCGUGACUAAGAAGCACCCGGACGACUCCACGCUUUUCCCCAAGCUGCUCCUCCGCCUGCCUGACCUGAGAACCCUCAACAACCAACAUUCAGAGAAACUCCUUGCCUUCCGGAUCAACCCGUAAGCCCGCUGGACUGGACGGCUUCUGAAACCCUGCGAGUUUUGGGUAAGAAGAACCAAGAAUCGACCAUCAAGCAAACUUAAUGCAUCGGACUAAAUUUUGCUCCGUGGGGAGAAGAUGGUGACGGUGAAAGGAGAGGAGCAUAAGGGAUCCGGCAAGGGAGGGGAACCCCUAGCCCAUCGCAGCUGGGAUCUACUAGAGCGGAUCCCUCCCUGGCGAGGAGACCAGACACAGGAGGAAGGGUUUGUUUCCCAGAUAGUGCUCUCCGUGGCGCUGUGCAGAUUGAAGAUCAUUUAUUUUGCUAGAGGAGAUCAGGCAAAUGAGCUGGACACGCGUUGUACCGUGUUGUUUUUCAAAUGUGUGCUGAUAUAUAUAUGUAUAUAUUUAUAUAUAUAUAUAUAUACACAGUACACGCAUAUAUAUCUUACUUUCCAUGUGAUAUUGUGUUGAAGUUCUGUAUAUAAAAACACUGGGUUUAUUGUGCGUAAUUAUAAUAACUCUUGGUAGCGCUUUGUGGGGUGGGUGGGGGAGAGGAGGAAAAAAGGACAAACUGAUAAGGUGAAUGUUGCAACUAGCUCCUUUCCUUUUAUCUGCAUGCUACCGCAGCCCCAGGACUCAAGCUCCCCCCCGCAGUUCUUUUUUGGAAUUCCUUUCUUUGGGGUGGGGAGUUUGCUCUGUUUCGUUGCUGCUCUUUCCCGAAGAAGGGAUCGCACACACAGAACUAAUUGCUAUACCGUCUUUUAAGACGUUCAGUUUAUGCUACAGAUUUUACCGGGUAGGUGUUAGGGUUCAGAUGCGUAAAGUAGACCUGCUCAAGUUGGGCCCCUUUCCCACCUCCAUCCCUACAACUGAGCAAGUCCUCUUUGUCACGCCUGACACAAGUGUCUAUCUCAAUAUAAUAUAUAUUUUGUAAAUGUUGCAAGCAAAAACACAAAAGGGGCUUCCACUAGUACACAGGUCAGACUUGCUCUCAACUUUCGGAGGCGGCCAUAGCAUGCUCGGAAGGCCGUCGGGCCCCAUGGUGUGGGAAGAGGACCGCUGCGAAGGGGCUAAGGCUGCAGUCCUUAACCUUGCUUACCUGGGAUUAAGCCCCAUUGACUUUCGGAGGGCUAAAUUCUGAGCAGACAGGGUUUGGGGGAGGGCAGGCUCUCAGAAGGGCAAAUGGAAGAAGCAGGAGUGCCUUCCUUGCCAAGUAAGGUUUAGGGAAACAAGCAGAGGUUAGCUGAGCCCUUAGGUAGAAAGGGCUAAGCAAAGCAAACACUCCGAAUACCAUUCCACCCAACCUUACCAGUUCCUUCCAGGCAAUGGUGCUGUCUUUUUCCAGAAGAGCGAAGCUCUCCCCCAGAAUUCCAGAACCAUAGCUUUCCAUUUGAACCUGUAGAUCUUGCUCACUUUCCAGGAUAUGGGGCACAGAGCCCCAGAGUCCUGGCUAUCUUCCGAAGCUGCCUUUGUUAUAUUUAACCCCCAGUCUCUUAUUCCAGAUGUGCGAAUAUAACCCUAGACUGCUGGCUAAUCGCUUUCCUAACAACCAGUUAGUUGGCUUGUUCCCGGGGAGGCGGGGAACAGAAUGGAACCUAGAAUUAGCUUGGUUCCAACAUUUCCCUCCAUUCGCUAUACUGAAGGCUGUGUGUACUCUACUCUUCACACACACACACACCAGAUUUUGAGCCAAGAAAUGGUUAAAUUUGUGACCUGGGUAAAUUAUGCAAAUUAAAUAUCACAUUUGUUUAUUCUGUACAGUUUAUGCUGCUUCCACCAGAUGGGAAAUGUGCGGGUUCCCCCCCCUUUUUUUCUGGUGAAGGGUGCCCACAGGGUGCUUCACCUAGUGAUCCCUGCAAGUUCUAUUUGGUUUCUGAUACCCAAGCUACACAUGAUGCUGGCAGGCCCGUGUCUGAAGUAUAGGUGUCUCUGCAUGGUUUUGCACACCAAAGGGGCACAUGGGUGGCUGGGGGUGGCGAUGUUCUGAACCCUUCCUCCUUUGUCCCUGCUCUUUUCUCCCUAGUUCUCUCCCCCCCCCCCCACCUCACCCCACCCAGGCUCAACACCAGCUAAAAGUGCCUGGGGAAAGGAGUUUUGAAGGAGAGAAAGAUGGCCGGUGUUGGGGACAGUUCAUUGUGCCCCUUUGGAGCUCUUAAGCUAUACCCCACCCCAGUCACUCUCUGUUUUACAUGUGCUUUCUGCCAUUGUCAUGUGUAGUUUAGGUCUCGGACCUCGCCUUGCAAAGUCCAAUGUUUUCAAAAUUACUCUUGGGUUGUCAGGGGAAGAAGAUUUAUUUUCUGUUAAAAAGACGUUCUAAGGAUGCUAAGUUCCAUGCUUGGAAGUGCAGGCACGUGGAUUACACACAGCCUUGGUUAUGUAGCUCCAGAGAUCCCAGGAAUUGUUUUCCUCAACUUUUGUAUGUGAGACUGUGUAGAUUUAAAAGGAGCCAAACCUUGAGGUUGGUUGGGAUUUUAUUUUAUUCUUUUUUGAGGGGGAACUUGUAAGGGAGGCGACCAAAAAGGGGUCUUGGGCUCCCACUUCUCUCCUGUAGGACCACCCUCCUGCUCCCACCCCCCAGUGUCCUAACUUGGCUGUAGUCAGCCCUGCCGCCCUAUUCUCUGCAUUGAAACAUAUCAGGUCUUUUUACAUCCCAUUGACAGGAGCUCUCAUGGCAUGUUUCAGUCACCCUCCUGUGUGCAUGAUGUGGGGGAUAUCUGUGUUCUUCGCAGGGUGGGAGGGACACUGUUGCUGCUGCUGCUGUUGUUGUUCAACACUGCUUUUAAAAUGAAAAAAACAAACCAAACAUUGCACUUUUCUUAGAAAUCUAGAGGAAAAAAAUGUAUGUUAUAACAAAGAAUUCCCUCCCUAAACCGGAGUAUAUUUGCUGCAAAGGGAAAAUAGAGAGGGUUUUAUUUGCUGCUGCUGGUGCUGCUGCUGUUGCUGCUGUUUGGAGUCCAAAAGACUCGCAAAAGAUACCGACAAGAAAGAGAGUUUAUUUUUUGUCUAAUAUUGAAGUGCAAUAAAUACAUUGAAAUAUAAAUAAAAUAAAGACUUGCUUAACAGUGAAA